CCGAUGCGUACAUUCAUACGACACAAGUCUCAUUAUCUCAGCACUAAAUGGACUAAAGAACCGUUCUCGAUAGGGUAUCCUUGUAACAAGGACUCUCCAUUGCGAGCCACUACCCACCAGCAUCUUUUUCCUGAUAAGAUCGCCACUGCCUACGACUACUUUAUCGAGGAGCACCUGCCAAACGAAUGGCCCCACAUCUCCUAUGACGAGUAUUCCAGGUACCACAGAAUGGCCAUUGAGCAGGGUCCCAGCUACAUAACUCCCCCACCCACUCCAAGUGCUGGCUUGGGCCUUCUCAAGUCACUCACUGGCAAUCGGACCAAGAAUGGAGUGGUGGGCCUUUGGAAACGCCUUUCGCCAGAAGAGCGGAACCGUCUCGAAACUCCCACAAAAUGGCAGUACCAGCAACAACUACGUGUGUGGAAGGGCUACGAGGUGGUGGAGUAUUUAAAGAGGCUGCUGGACGACAACCUUCGCUGGAAUCCGUAUCCGUUGCUGGGACUUUAUCCGUGGGAGAUCAUCAAAGACAAGCUCCGCAAGAAGGCAGCGUUUCAGUUCGAGUUUGACUACUAUGACACGUUGAUAAGGGAGGCGUUUGGUCGUAACUCGGCCAGAAAAGCCAAACACAUAUUCUACACCGAUUUGGUCCACAACAACCCUCAACAGCACUAUACGUGGGGCAAAGUAGACAAGCUCUUCAAGCAGCUAGUUCCGGAGUCCCGCAGCUACUAUCACGAGAAGGAGGCUCGAAGGCUCGAACAAAGCACGCUUACACGGAGCCCUUACCAUAGCCUUCUGUUUCAUCGAUACUUGGACCAGCACGCGAAUUCUACCAGACCGCUUCUUGAUGCUGCAAGAGGCUGGGCCCUCUUGGACAACAAUGCCAAAAGAGCAGGGGAAAUGGACCGCAAAACCACUAAUUCCAGACGUUACAAAGAGCAGCUUCUUGAUAUCAAAACUGCCAUUGUAAUGGACUACCUCUACUACACUGGAGGAGUCGAGGGGAUUGACAGCGACUACUGCUGGGUGACCGAUAGGGCAAGUAAGACUCACGGUUAUAUCUACAUGAACAGGGGGUACUACCGUGGUGAACUUGGCUUCUAG